AUGGCAAACAGUGCAAUUGACUUCUACUCUCACCGCGAUGGCCCUAACCCUUGGAAGAAUGUAAUUCUCUUCGAGGAAUUGCAAAUUCCUUACAAUGCUACUUACCUCACCUUUGGAGGGGCGAGUGGUGGUGUUGAGCACGAAGACUUUUUGAAGAAAAAUCCAGCUGGGCGUGUCCCAUGGAUCAAGGACCCUACAACUGGAAUUGAGUUGACAGAGUCCAACCUGAUCAGCGAAUAUUUAGUUGAUCAUUAUGAUACGAAGGGUAUCUUUAGCGUGGAGGGCGAGCAAAAUAAGCUUCUUGUCAAGCAAUGGCUCGGAUUUCAGGCGGCCUCCCAGGGACCAUUCUUUGCUCAGGCAACCUUAGUCAAAAGGACAAUCACCACUGUAGACCGCGCUCUCCGAGGCAAAGAGUACCUGGUUGGAGACAAGAUUACUCUGGCCGACCUGGCAUAUAUCCCUUGGGACCUGGCAUUGGACACUAUUCUAUUGGGCGAUGCAGAGGCUGCAACUGCCAAGGAGCGUAAGAAGUUGUGGCCUGACUGGUUUGCGUGGCAUAACAGGGUCUUGCAGCGCCCUUCAGUGCAGAAGAUGAUCGCCAUUCAGAAGAAGGUUCAAGGUAAAGAGUAA